CUCCCGUUUUACCCAGUAUUGGUGAUCGUGGCGAUGUUCCUCUUCAUCGUCUUCCCCAUGACCGUCAUCGGAGCCAUCAUCGGCCGCAACACUGCCUCUGACUUCCAGGCCCCAUGCAGGACCACCCGCGUUCCUCGCCAGGUUCCCAAGGACGUUCCGUGGUACCGCCGGGACGCCUCCCAGAUGGUGAUGUCGGGCUUCUUGCCUUUCAGCGCGAUCUACAUCGAGCUGCACUACAUUUUCGCCAGCGUGUGGGGGCACCAGAUCUACACGUUGUUCGGCAUCCUUAUCUUGGCGUUCCUCCUGCUGCUCGUUGUGUGCAGCUUCAUCACGGUGUCCCUGAUCUACUUCCAGCUGGGGCGAGAGGACCACCGCUGGUGGUGGCGGAGCUUUUUUUCGGGAGGCUCUACGGGACUGUUCGUCUACGGCUACUCGUUCUUCUACUUCUUCAACCGCUCGCAGAUGGACGGCCUUUUGCAGUCUUCUUUCUACUUCGGGUACAUGGCCGUGAUCAGCUACGCGUUCUUCAUCAUGCUCGGGUUUGUCGGCUUCGUCUCCUCGCUCACCUUCGUGAAGCACAUCUACAGCGUCCUCAAGUGCGACUGAGCCGCAAAGCCAAGGGCUUGCUCAAGCGUCGCUCCCACUGA